GAACUUGAUGCAGCUAUAUGAAGACGAGGUGAGGCAGAGGAAAGAAACAGAGGAGAUGGGAAAGAGAAGAAGAGAGGAGCUAGAGAAAGUGAAGAAGGAGAAGGAAGAAGCUUGCUCUGUAGGACAAAACUUCAUGAGGUUAUAUGAAGAAGAAGCAAGACGUAGAAAAGGAACAGAGGAAGAACUCAGCAAGGUCGCGGCUGAGAAAGACGCAGCCAGCUCAGUCUGCUCGGAGAUUCUAUUGCUUCUUCAGAGUUACACGCGUCGCCAUGGAAUUUCUUCUGGAUUCUCUGUUGAGGAAUCCGUUACACGCCAGCCUCCCUCAUAUUUUAUCUGUCCUAUCUCACAGGAAGUAAUGCGAGAGCCUCGUGUUGCGGCCGAUGGCUUCACCUAUGAAGCUGAAUCCUUGAGAGAAUGGCUAGACAAUGGUCAUGAGACAUCACCAAUGACGAACCUUAGGCUUGCCCACAACAACCUAGUCCCUAACCACGCCCUUCGUUCCGCCAUUCAAGAGUGGCUCCAACGAAACUCUUGAGAAUCGAAUCUCUGCUUUGUGUUAUGAAUCUCGAGUAUAUUGUCUGUGUUUACUUAAAAAUCUUUACUUUUUGUGAGUGGAGUGGAAAAAGACUUGAAGUUCAUAUAUAAACCGUCUGUUUUAUUAA